AUGAAUCGUUCCGACUCCGAAAUGUCUACCGAUUCUGAUUGGUUUGAUAGGUUAUAUAUUCUCGAAACAAUUCUGAUUAUUUGGAGUUAUUUGGAGUGUGGUUUGUAUUUUCUGGUGCUUUUCAAGACAAAUCAUUAUCAUCCGAAUUUGAUUUUUAUGUUGAAACAUUUGAUUGGCCAAUAUUUUUUCUCGAUGGCUUUUCGAUUGAUGCAAAUUUGGUGUCAAUAUGGAAAUAGAAAUGAUGGUGAGGAAUUUAGACCACCCACAAAGCCUCUGACUUUACCCCGGGCUAAACUUGAACCAAACAAAAAAUAGAGUGAAAAAAUGAAACUUCAAAUCUUCCUGUGCAAAAGUGCGUCGCGGUGUUUGCACACACACAAAUCCGCUGGACGUGGGGGCAAUUUGAAAUUUUCAAAACACAAGAUUUUCUCAGCUCGUAUUAACUUUCAUGAUUUCGGAAUUUUUUCACUGGUUCGUUUCAUAAUUGACUAUUUUUGACACUAAGCUCUGAGGAAAACCGCAAUAAUUGUCUAAUUUUCUAGUCUAUAAAAACCUGACCAUCCUUUAUCUAGUACCAGGCCUGUGCCGGAAAAUCAAAACCCGGAAAACGGAAAGUCGGAAAAUUUCCGGAUUUUUUGUACCGGAAAAUCCGGAAAAUUCGAAAAAUUUUUCAAAUUCUGAAAUUUCGAUUUUCAGCCUUAAGUUGGCACAAAAACUUAUUUUUAUCUACAAUUCUUCUAUUCACAGGUAUUUAGUAACUAUUUGAGACGUUUUACGUUCAAAAAAUCGUAAAAAUUGAAAAAUUGAAAAAAAAUUCCAAAAAUUUCAUUUUUUCUAUCAUAAACUGAGAAAAUUUCCCAAAAUUUAGGCAAAAUUGUAAGUAUUACUACUAAAGAUUAUUUUCCGGAUUUUCCGAGCACAUUUUCCGGAAAAUCGGAAAAUUGAUUUUUCCGUGAAAAAACCGGAAAUUCGGAAAAUUCGGAAAAUUUCCGGCACAGGCCUGUCUAGUACCAAACAAAGCUUCAUAAUUCAGAACUUCUUCUAACCUCCCACUUCUUCCAAUUCGCAUCAAUCGGUAGAUCCACCUUGGUAUUCAUCGCUUUUUCAUUCUCAACUUUUGUGAUGAUCGAAAGACUUUGUGCUACAUGUUACAAAACUGGUAGGACUUUUGAAAUUCUACAAUUUCAAGCCUCAUCUCUUUCAGACUAUGAAAAACACCCCCGACUAUAUAUCGGCUAUAUGUUAACAAUUUUUCUCUAUUCUUGGGCAAUCCUAAAUAACAUUGUUUUUGUAUUCGAAUAUAUUCAUGUGAUAUACCAUGUGAUUUUUCUAUUUGCAAUCAACACAUUCGCAUUUCUCGUAAGUCCUCAUCUUGUCCAAAAAAAUAGAUAAAUUAAUAAAUUCAUUUUAGGCAUGCCUUUUCAACGAGCAUUACAACAACAAAUAUUUUAUGAUUGAUAGAUUUUCGUCGGAAAAUAUGGUUGUCUAUUCAUUAUCAGAGAGAUAUCAAGUUCUUGAAAAUGUCAAGACGGCACAUGUAAGUUGCUAUUCUAGUUCUAGCACUAACAAAUCCUUGAAUAAUCCAACAAUCAAGAAUAUUCCAGCUUUUCAAACGUGGCAUCAUUUUGAAUAGCUUCUUCAGUAUUCUUUGUGUCAUUUUCCUAAUCGGCAAUAAAAUGUCAAUCUCAAAUUGGUUACAUAUUGGUUUCAAUUAUAUGGCGAUUCUUUAUGGAAUCGGAUUUCCUGCCGCAAUGUUGUAUUUUGAUGAAAAGUGGAGGAAACAUGCGAAACGAUAUUUGAAAAUGGUGAAUUUAUGAGGCCAAAGGAAUAUUCUGAUGAGGGAGCUAAAACAUUACCACUAGGAAAGAAAGUUCGCUCUAUCGCACACAUGAUUUAUAUGUGUGUACUUCUCUCGGAGUUCAAACCCAAAAAUUUAUUUGGUAUUUUAAAAUUAAAGGCAGUUAGACAAUUAUUCCGGUUUUCCUCAAAGCUUAGUGUCAAAAAUAGUUUAUUAUGAAACGAACCAGUGAAAAAAUUCCGAAAUCAUGAAAGUUACUACGAGCUGAGAAAAUCUUCAAAAUUUCAAAUUGCCUCCAGCGGAUUUGUGUGUGCAAACACCGCGACGCACUUUUGCACAGGAAGAUUUGAAGUUUCAUAUUUUCACAAUAUUUCAUAUUUUCACUUUUGUUUGGUUCAAGUUUAGCCCGGUUGAAGUUAGAGGCUUCGUGGGUGGUCUCCGUCAACCGGAAUAGCUGUCUGACCGCCUUUAAAACCUAGGAAAGAAAGUUCGCUCUAUCGCACUCACUAUCCCAUUUACCAAAACUAAAUACAAAGCUUAGCUUUGAAAUGAGAUAUGACGUGGCAAGAAUUUCGAAAAAUCUUCACCUAGAUAUUUUUUGAAAUCUGCCACAUCAUAACUCAAUUUAGAGCUGAGCUCAGCCGGGAAAACCUACUAGAAAAUAAUAAAAAAUAUCUCGAUUGCAAGUGUAUUCAAUUUUCAGCUGAUGUGUGCUCACCGAACUUCACCACUGAACAUCGAAUCAAAUGCAUCAACACCCACAAAUGCUCCAAAAACCGAUAUCCUUGCGGACACAAAUGUUUACUUCGAAAAUCUCAAAAACGAUUGGGACAAUCGGAUUCCCAGAAAAAUUUAA